GACCCUCUCGCAGUUGCGUUCCGCAUCUUUGACCGGGACGGAUCAGGUGCCAUAUCGUGGGACGAGCUUAAAACCAUCCUUGCCGCCACGGGAGAGCGGCGCUCUGAGGAGGAUCUGCGACAGAUGAUCCAAGCGUCAGACGCGAACGGAGACGGGAGCAUCGACUUUGGCGAGUUCAGGAGGCUGAUG